AUGGAAAAGUUUUCUUUUUUGUUUCAUUUUGCUCUUUUCUUAUUUCUCCUCUGCGGAGUAUCUUUCGCAUUGGACAGCAUAAAUCCAUCCCAGUCCAUCAGUGAUGGAAGAACCUUGGUUUCUAAAGAAGGAAUUUUUGAGUUUGGUUUCUUCACUCCAGGCAAUUCCACCAAUCAUUACUUGGGAAUUUGGUACAAGAAAAUCCCAGUUCAAACAGUUGUUUGGGUCGCAAACAGAUGCAACCCGAUCAAUGAUUCUUCUGGCAUGUUGACCAUAAACAGCGCAGGCAAUCUUGUGCUCUCAAAUAGGAAUACGAGUACUGUGGUUUGGUCUACGAGUUUAUCGACACAACCCCAGAAACCAAUAUUAGAGCUUCUAGAUUCCGGGAAUCUUGUUGUGAGAGAUGAGGAAGAUAAAAACUCGGAGACCUAUUUGUGGCAGAGCUUUGAUUAUCCUUGUGAUACGUUGUUAUCGGGGAUGAAGCUGGGAUGGGACUUAAAGAAGGGUCUUAAUUGGCAGUUAUCAGCAUGGAGGAAUUGGGAUGAUCCCUGUCCUGCAAAUUUCACUUACGGGGUUGACCUUGAAGCAAAACUUCAUACCUGCCCUCAAAUAGUAAUAAGGAAGGCGAAUGCCAAGUUUUAUCGAACUGGUCCAUGGAAUGGUCUUACUUUCAGUGGCGCGCCAGAAUUAAAGCCUAAUCAAGUCUUCGAUUAUGGUUUUAUUUUCAAUGAUGAUGAGGUAUAUUAUACGUACAAGCUUAAGGAUAAUUCGGUUAUCUCAAUCUUAGUUCUGAACCAAACGUCUAGCCUGCGUUACCGCCUUACAUGGGUGGAUAGUGAGCAAAAAUGGAAUACUUACUCUUCUGCGCCUAGAGAUAAUUGCGAUUUCUACGGCAAAUGUGGAGCUAAUGGAAAUUGUGUCAUCUCCGGUAAUCCAAUCUGCCAAUGUCUUGAUGGAUUCAGGCCCAAGUCUCAAGAAAAAUGGAAUUUAACAGACUGGUCUGACGGAUGUGAACGGAUUAAUCCACUAAGCUGCUUGGAGAAAGAUAAAGAUGAGUUUGCUAAAUUUACUGGCUUGAAAUUGCCAGAUACAACAUAUUUUUGGGUGAACAAAAGUAUGAAUCUAAAGGAAUGCAAGGCCAAAUGUUUGAGCAACUGUUCUUGUACCGCUUAUACAAACUCUGAUGUGAGAGGACAAGGCAGUGGUUGUGCCAUGUGGUUUGGUGAUCUGAUAGAUAUUAGGUAUUUUCAAUCUGAUGGGCAAGAGUUAUUUGUUCGCGUGUCACGCUCAGAGUUAGGUAAGGGCUUAAUUUUUACACAAAUUAAUGGGAGAGCUGAUAAGGCAAGAGUGGUAAUAGUUACAGUCGUAGCUGUCCUUGGAGGUGUUUCUGGCAUGCUCUUAUUGGGUUAUUUCAUUUUCAGAAGGAGGAGACUUUUGGAAGAAACAGUAAGUCAGAAUUCAGAUGAAGCUGAAGAUGAAGUUGAAGAUAAAGACUUGGAGCUUCCUUUAUAUAACCUGUCUGAUAUGGCGGCCGCGACUAAAAAUUUUUCAGAUGACAAUAAGAUUGGAGAAGGUGGUUUUGGACCCGUAUACAAAGGUAUGUUAAAAGAUGGACAAGAAAUCGCUGUGAAAAGGCUUUCAUUCAAAUCUGACCAAGGAGCAAAUGAGUUCAAAACUGAAGUGAAGCUAAUUUCCAAGCUUCAGCAUCGAAAUUUAGUAAGGCUUCUCGGUUGCUGCAUUGAAGGAAAAGAGAAAAUGCUGGUUUAUGAAUAUUUGCCGAACCGAUCUCUAGACUAUUUCAUUUUUGAUCAAAAGCAUGGAAAAUUGUUAGAAUGGAGGAAACGUUUCAACAUUAUAGUUGGUAUCGCCCGGGGCCUUCUCUAUCUUCACCAGGAUUCAAGGCUCAGAAUAAUACACAGAGAUCUUAAAGCGAGUAAUAUUUUACUUAACGGUGAGAUGAAUCCGAAAAUUUCCGACUUUGGCUUGGCCAGAAUAUUUGGCGGAGAUCAGAUGGAAGAUCAGACAAAAAGAGUGAUAGGAACAUAUGGCUAUAUAGCACCAGAAUACGCUGUCGGCGGCCUAUUCUCAACAAAGUCAGAUGUAUUCAGUUUUGGUGUCCUGGUGUUGGAGAUUGUAAGUGGGAGAAAAAGUAGUAGCUUUCAUCUCAAAAACCAUGGUGGUACCCUCGUUGGAUAUGCAUGGAAUUUGCUGAAAGAAGGCAGUUCAUUUGAAUUGGUUGAUGGGUACCUAAGGGCUACUUCACACCUCAAUCGAAAGGAAGUUUUGCGUUGCAUUCAUAUCGGUCUCUUAUGCGUCCAACAAAGUCCUGCGGAUAGACCCGAUAUGUCAUCUGUCAUUCUGAUGUUGGGUAGUGCGGCUGAAAUGCCUCAGCCUGAACAACCUGGAUAUUUCAUGAAGAUGGAUUCACCGAGCAGAUAUGAUCACUUACCUGCGAUGCCCGAAUCAUCUUCCACAAACGAGAUAACCAUAUCACAGCUCGAGCCUCGAUAA